GUACUAGAUCGUACAAGUAUGUUCCAUUCGACUCGUACUGGAGCCUCUAAGCAUAGGGGUCUCAAGGUGUAAGGAAUGGGACCCUUGGUGUGUGUAAUGGUCGUGGCGUGAGGUAGGGAUCUUGGGUCCCUGGCACGAGAUGCCUGAAGCACCCCGAGGUCACCCACGAACCUAGGCGAUAGACAUGUGGCCUUGACGGAUGUCUAAGGAUGUGUGGCGAGACGCCCUCCUUGCAACCCCCUUGGUGGUGCGGCUCCUUUGGUGCAUGGCUCCACUCGCAUGGCCAUCAGGUGGUGUGGCCCCUAUGCCUUCGCGAGGCCCCCUUGGAAGGCCUAUUGAUGGUGUGGCUCUCUAGCUGCUCACGAGGCCCUCCUCCUCAUGCGUGGCCAUGUGAUGGUGCAGUUUGCUCGGGGUGCGAGGUGGGCGCGCGCAUCAGGGGCCUCGCUCGGACGUGAGGCAGGGUGCGCAUCAAGGGCCUCGCUUGGACGCGAGGUGCGUACACCAAGGGCCUCGCUCGGACGCGAGGCGGGGGCUCGCUCGGACGCGAGGCGGGCGCACCAGGGGCCUUGCUCGGACUCGAGGCGGGGGCUCGCUCGGACGCGAGGUGCGCGCAUCAGGGGCCUCGCUCAGACGCGAGGCGGGCGCAUCAGGGGCCUCGCUCGAAUGCGAGGCGCGUGCAUUAGGGGCCUCGCUCGGACGCGAGGCCACACGAGGUCGAUGCUGCUGGGGCGUGAGCUUGGGCACGCGGGGCUGUCUCGCGGGGCUUGGUUCUUUUAUGGGCGUGGAAUACUGAGUGUCUACACUUGCCCCCCAGUCUAGGAGAUGACCUUUAGGUGCUCUUGUAGACUAUUCACCUUGAUUCUUAUAAAUAGGCCUUCAUGCAUGGCCUAAUAUUUUCACCUUACUCCUUUGGCUUAUUGGUUUGGAGAGCCCUUCCUUUUUCAAGAGGUAAGGGGUUCAAUCCCUCACAACCUCAUUUUUGCCAUAGUUUCUUUUAUUUUAUUUUUUCACUUAUUUUCAUCAUCAUUUUUCAUUUAUUUAUUUAUUUUUACAUAUGAGCUAAUUUUUUGGAGUAUCUAUUUGGUGGCUAACACAUCUUUCUGGUCCAUUCUUGCUGACGCGUAUUAUCAACCCUUUGGUGCUUUUCGCCCCUCGACCUCUUUUUGACCCCGACUUCGCUCUCUUAACCGCUUGAGGUAUAUUUUCUCUCCCUCUCCCUUUUUUUUUUAUCGGGUCUGAACUAGCAUUACUCGGGAUGGGGUACCUUAGCCUGAGCUUGUAGUGAGUUUGACCAUAUACACUCCCCUCUUUUUUAUACCCUGUAGUGGGCCGUUUAGAACGCUUGCAUCUAGAGAUAUUAAGCCUAUUCCUUUGUGUUUUGUAGCCAUCCCCUCAUUUAUACGCGAACCCCUUUUCGCUUUCGGGACGAGGUCUCAUGGCCAGUGACGGCCCGUCCGACAUACCUCCGGGGGCUGAAUUUAUUGACCUGUCCUCAGACUUAGAGUCCCCUGAGGGCAAUCCUCACCAAGACUAUGACUCCUUAAGGCAGGCCCGCAUCCGCCACCUUGAGUACAUUGCUGAACUUAGGCGCAAAAUUUGGGUAGUAGAGAGCGAAAUUGACUCGAUGUCGAGAGGAGACGGAGGACCUUCACCCCCAGACCUUAGUGACCAUAUAGCGCCUUAGGAUGACCCUUUUUGAAUUGCGGUGGGAGUUAGAGUUUAUGGAGGGACACCUUCCGCCAAAACCUCCCAACCCUUCCUCGCCUGAUGUUGGUCAUGGGGCUGCUGCCGCCUCUCCUCAGCCCUUAGUCUCAGUUUUUCCUAGCUUAGCGCUUCCGCCAUCGCUCCCUCGAUGGAAAACUCUUGCUAGGAAGAAAAAAUGGAGGGUCAAGUGUUCUGUCUCUUCCUCACAUUUUUCUUUUGAUUUUGCAGAUAUGUCGAAGGCACGCCGACAUGUAUCUAUCCAGGAAGAGGACAACGCCCCUUUACUGGCGUCCAAUCUGGUGUCGCACGUAUCCGCGAACAAAUUGAAGGAAAUAGUGAAGCACUAUCGUGUUCCCUCGGAAUACGCCCUACAUGCUCCUCAGGAGGCAUGCCGAUCCGACCGCCCUAGGAAGGGCCUUAUGGCUUUGAGCGAACACAUUUUGAAGGCGGGUGGCACCAUUCCCUUGCACCCAUUUUUUGUAGCGGUUCUCAACUAUUUCGACCUGACGCCCCUUCAGCUGUCACCCAACAGUUGGUUGACCCUAAGUUGCCUUUUUGUUUGGUUCAAGGAACGGGCCGAACACACCCCGACGGCGCAAGAGGUGCAUUUCCUAUACAACCUCAUGGGAUCCCCCAAGUCCAAGGGCUUCUACUACCUGCAGAAGGCCAACAACGAGCUCCCCUUGAUAGAGGGCUCAGUGUCCAACACAGGGUCUUGGAAACAAGACUUUUUCUUCAUAGAGGGCCCUCUCUCUGUUCAUGAAGACUUUCGCGCCACCCCCAAGCAAUUUGUUGUUCCUUCGGUCAUUGGGUCGGAGGCGAAGGCCGUGACUGACCUCAUCAAUGCCGACUCGGCCAUGAAGAAGGUGCCAUUUUUAUUUACUGUGGCAAAUCUCAACCGUCACCAGCUGUCCCCGGUCUCUGACCCCAAGCUCCUGUGGUCGGUUACUGGGUCUAAGAAGACAGUGGCUAUGCCGGCUGAGCCGUUCCCAGAUGAUGAUGAGGCUGAGGACGAGCCGGAGGAAGCCCCCCUUGAAUGUGGGGGAUCUCACCAGCGACCCCUGUCCCCCGGGGGAUGCCCCCCUUAUGACUCCUACGAUCAGGACAUGGCCUUCCAACCUUAGGACCCGCAUGUCGCCCCGGGAUGUUAUGCUCCCCCUGGCCUUGAUGGCUGCGAUGCCUUCCCUCAGGUUCCUCAUGACAUUGGAUCACCGGGGGCUGAUUUCAUCGACUUUGCGGAGCCCCCCUCUCAUCUACCAGGGUCUCAGUUUUUCACCUCCACUGCGCCCCUUCCCGCUUCGGUGAGCGGGUCGUCUGUCCUCGUCCAACCAGGUGCCCCCAGUACGGAGGGGGAGCCUUGGGUGACUCGGAUGGCAUCAUCUUACGGAUAGCGAUACACUCAAAUUGCCUCAAGCCUUCCUGUAUCCGACUGGAGUGGUCUAGGGAACGUGACUCAGUCGGACCUUGGGGACACCCUAAGGUGCGUCGUGACCUGGGUGAGUUCCUGCACCCUGCGUCGGUCAUUAUUAUGUAUAGAUGUACAUGUGUUUUUCUUUUUGUUACUUAUUGUUGAUGCCAUUAACUUUCUUGUGCAGGCCUACACCGUGUCUCUACGGUAUGCUGACUCAUCAAGCAACCUCUCCGCAUCUACUACUGAGAGGGACUGCCUUACAGCCCGGGUCCAGGAGCUCGAAAAUGAGCUUAAUGAAACUAAGGCCAAGUUGUCAAAGGUCCGGUCCAAAUUUUCCGACUUGAUAUUAAAGAGGAAGGAAGCAAAGGCCAAGACCAAGGGGCUAAAGGACAAGAUUAAACGCUUGGAGCGUGAACUCUAGGGGGCCAAGGCCAUUGCGAACGCGUCGUAGCAGAGAGUUACCCAAUUGGGGGCCGAAGUCGAGGCCCUCAGGGCCGAACUUCAGUCGGUGCAGGAGAGGAAUGCUUCCUUGGAGGCGGAGAGGGCUUCCUUGGACGCGGAGAGGGCUUCCUUGGAGGCGUCGAGGGCUUCCUUGGAGGCGGAAAGGGUCACCACCGAGCGCAGGUCCAUAGAUCGUGCCCUUUACAAUGUGUGGAGGUAGGAUCCUAAUUUCGACUUCUCCUCUUUUGGUGAACAUGCCGUUGCUCGAGCGGCCCUGUGGAGUGCCCACAUUAGGAGGCCCUAAAGUAGUCUUUCUUUUUUUUUUUUUUUACUUCGGGCCUUUGUAAUAUGACUGUCACUACUAUUUUCCUUUGGUAAUUCUUGUACUAUCUCCAAGACCUUCUUUUUCAAUGUAUAUAUACGUGUGUUGCUAUUUAUCUCUUAUUCGACUGCAUUUGAGGCCUGUUUACCGAGCUUUUCGGAAACGAAUACAAACAAACUAAUAAAAGGAUAAGAACUCUAGAAGUGCAGAAAUAUAAAUAGACAAAUAAUUUUUUUACGUGGUUCAGGCGUUAACGAGCCCUAGUCCACGAGUCGAUGUUAUUACACUUGUAGAGAA